AUAGUUUAGUAGCCGCAGUUUCAUUUUCCACUACAUUUGGUCUCAUGAUGUCAUUAACAUUUUUAAUUGCGUUCUUUUGUCUCUACUCUCUAAGCAUUUUUUUGGCAAAAUCUUGCCAUGAAAACUUUUCUUGUAACGUGUUCAUCGAUUCAACUGCUUACAUGAUGUUGAAAAUUACAAAAAUGUGGACUUAACUACUAGCUUUUUAUCCAUGAUAUUCCCCUCGCUAGACGUAUUUAUGACGUCAUCAAGUACAAAAUGUUUCUUGUUUUUCAAUAUGUUGCCGUGCUUGAUGAGAGUGCUUGAUGCGUGCAUAUUUACGUCUGGACAACGAGUAUGCGUGUGUGUGAGAGGAUUGAGGAAGAGUUCGUUCGCUUCUGUUGAUGGACGCUUGAGCCCUGGCAGCUACGCGCCCUAAUCCAACAAGAACAAGAACAAGUUCGCUUCUGUUGGGAUUCUUUUUAUAUCUACUUUUUUUGGGUGCGAUACAUUAUAGAGUUCAGUGGUGUGAUAACAUUGGAGGUCGUCAUCCACAAUAAAAAUACUGCACUCGCCAUACAUUUUGCUGCACCAUUGUCACAGCCCAUAGGUUUUGUGACUGGGGGUGGUAGGAAGUAGAAAAAUUAUUAAAUUAUCGUCUCAUGUGCAUGACAGUCGUGGGGUAGCGAAUAUAUUUAGUUCGUGAGCAUCCACGAAUUCAGCCAUGAUCAAAGCUGUUCUAGUUUUUAACAAUCAUGGGAAGCCAAGGCUCACCAAGUUCUACCACUAUUAUAAUGAAGAGAUGCAGCAGAAGAUAAUCAAGGAGACAUUUCAGCUGGUGUCGAAGAGGGAAGACAAUGUGUGCAACUUUCUUGAGGGAGGAACCUUGAUCGGCGGCUCCGACUACAAGCUCAUCUACCGGCACUACGCCACACUCUACUUUGUGUUCUGCGUGGACUCGUCCGAGUCUGAGCUGGGAAUCCUCGACCUCAUCCAGGUGCUGGUCGAGACGCUCGACAAGUGCUUCGAGAACGUCUGCGAACUCGAUCUCGUCUUCCACGUGAACAAGGUUCACUACAUCCUGAACGAGAUCGUGAUGGGCGGUAUGGUGCUGGAGACGAGCAUGACGGAGAUCAUCACCCGAACAGAGGAGCAGAACCGGCUAGAAAAACAGGAGGGAGGAUUCGCCGCCGCUCCGGCCCGUGCCGUGUCCGUGGUGAAAAACAUCAACAUCACCCAGCAGAUCAAGGACAUCAAGCUGCCCGACCUACCGGCCGCCAUCAAGGAUCUGAAGUUUUGAUCGCUGCCACAUUCCCUUCCCAGUAAUUGAUAACCAGCUGGAGCUCGUACAUUGACCGGUGGUGUCUGGGCGGCUUGACUUGUAUCGUGUUGUAUAUUGCAUCGGGGUCGGGGCAUUGUCGUGUAUUUUUGUAUGUACCUGCAAUCGACGUUGGUGCUGUCCAAUGUCAAUAUAUCUAUGGGUAUGUA